AUGGAGAUGACAGAUAACAGUAACAUACUUGGAAAUGGAGGGGACAAACUCGACAGACUUACGGAUCUUCCUUUUAAUAUCAUACACAAGAUUCAGGAUCACGUAUCUAUUGAGGAUGCUGCAAGAACGAGUGUUUUGUCCGGUACGUGCAGAUAUAUUUGGGCUUCAAACCAGAAGCUCGUGUUUGAUAGGAUGUUUUGCACAAAGAGACUGCCAUCAAGCACAAUAGACAUCAUUAGUACAAUUCUGUUUCAGCAUUAUGGAUCCAUUAAGACAUUCCUUGUGGAUAUUUCACCAAUACAUUCUUCUCAGCAUCCAGUUAUUGAUCAAUGGAUGCUAUUUUUGUCAAGAAACAGUCUCAUGGAUCUCACUUUUCAGAAUGAUAACAGUGGCAAUGGUCUGUAUAAAUUGCCUUCCUAUGUGUAUGACAUGGGACUAGAACAUCUGGCCCUGUCGAACUGUAUUUUCAGGCCUCCAUGCAGUUUUAGGGGUUUCCAUAAGCUCAAUCAGCUUCAAUUUACGCGAGUUUCCUUUGAAUUAGACAUUGCAACUUCUUCCCUCUGGAUGCCAAACCUUGAGAGACUGGUUUUCAAACAGUGCAAUGGUCUUUGUUUCUUGAAUAUACAUGCCCCAAAAGUUGCUGAAGAAGUUUCACUAAACAGACAAGAUAAAGCAAUGAAAUUGACAGAUCUUCUCAGCAGCUGGCCUAAACUUAGUCAUCUUGUUUUAAGCAGAAGCGUCCUCAAGUUUUUUGCUUCUGGUACCGCAGUAGAGAGUCCUCCAAUGCGCCUCACCAGAUUGAGAGGUCUCUAUCUUAGUGAAUAUGAUUUUGACAGUGAAGAUCAACGAUUUGCUCUUUUAAGCAUUCUUAGAAGUUCUCUUUAUUUAAUGUUGCUUCAAUUUCAAAUGAUGUCCCAGAAGAAGAAAGAUUCCAUGGAAGUGGAUGUAAAGUACUUUGUUUUUUAA